AUAGCUUCAUAAAGUAAACACAAUGGCCCCCAAAGCUAUCAUUGCCCCUUCCAUUCUCUCGGCAGACUUUGCCGAUCUCGGCGCGGCAUGCUCGAGGACUAUCAAGCAAGGUGCCGACUGGCUCCAUGUUGAUAUCAUGGACGGCCACUUCGUCCCCAACCUCACCUUCGGCCCCCCAGUUGUCGUCAAGAUCCGCUCCCAUGUUGAGAAGCCCGCCGAGUCCUUUGGCAAGGGCACCUUUGACUGCCACAUGAUGAUCGCUGAGCCCAAGAAGUGGGUCAAGGAGUUCAAGAACGCCGGGUGCGAUCUAUACUGCUUCCACUACGAGGCCGCCAUCAACUCGUCUGCUGCUGAGAGCCCCGAGAGCAAGUCGGACGAGAAGACGAGCCCGAGGGAGCUGAUCCGGUACAUUCAUGACCAGGGCAUGCUGGCCGGUAUUGCUAUCAAGCCGGCUACUCCCGCUAAUGUGCUGUUUGAUUUGAUUGAGAGCGAAGAUCCUAAGGAGAAGCCUGAUAUGGUUUUGGUUAUGACUGUCGAGCCUGGGUUUGGUGGUCAAAAGUUCAUGGCUUCUGAGCUGCCCAAGGUGGAGGAGUUGCGGAAGCGGUACCCGGACUUGAACAUUGAGGUUGAUGGUGGGCUGGGACCUGGCACGAUCGACCAGGCUGCGGACGCGGGUGCCAAUGUUAUUGUUGCUGGCAGUGCGGUGUUCGGUGCGAAGGAUCCCUCCGAGGUGAUUUCUCUGCUCAGGGAGGCCGUCGAGAAGAGGAGUGGCAAGUUAUAGAGGUGUAGCACGGUGUGAGAUAGGUUCACCGCAAAAUGUGGAUUGUG